AUGGGUCUUCACUGCUGCUCAAAACCAUCCAGAUCCACUUCCCGACCAAUACCGCUGCUUCCAAAACGAUUUCAACCGCAAAAAACGUACCCAUUGCGAGGACGAGACUACUCCUCUUCGGAGGAGAUCUUAGAUCGGAAUCAGCGGGCAGCGUUGGACGAGGUACACGCAAUCGCUCGACGAAUGUUCUUCACUGAAGCAUCCAGACAGAUCAUAGGCGCUGCUCUACAAUCCAAGUAUGAAAAUCAAGCUAUACAAUCUACGGAUUUUUCUCCAGUCUCCGAGACCGAAGUAGAACAUGUCAUCCCGCCGAUUGAACCCUUCGCACUGAAGAUCGAUAAGGAGUCUCAUAGGAUGUUGGAACGAUGGAGCAAAGAAUGUUGCUAUCAGAUAGUGGUUGAUGGAGAUUUGGAUCCAGAAAAUCGAGUAGCUCAAGGAAAGCGGCCCACAUGGGCGGUGGUGGGACCGGAUCAGAUCAUUCACUUACAACGAAGGGUGAGUACGUCUGCUGUGCUGAAUCUGCCAUGCCUCAAUCCACUGUAUACCAUCAACAAAAGCAGACGAAAAGCACCUUAA